AUGUCGACUGGACGAAUGGAACCGACACUCUUCGUCAAGACCCUCACGGGCAAGACGAUCACCCUCGAGGUGGAAUCGUCGGAUACCAUCGACAACGUUAAGGCCAAGAUCCAGGAUAAGGAGGGAAUCCCACCAGAUCAACAGCGAUUGAUCUUUGCCGGAAAGCAGCUCGAGGAUGGACGUACUCUAUCCGACUACAACAUCCAGAAGGAAUCCACCCUUCACCUUGUCCUCCGUCUUCGUGGUGGUAUCAUUGAACCAUCUCUCAAGGCCCUCGCUUCCAAGUUCAACUGCGAGAAGAUGAUCUGCCGCAAGUGCUACGCCCGACUACCGCCACGUGCCACCAACUGCAGAAAGAAGAAGUGCGGUCACACAAACCAGCUCAGACCAAAGAAGAAGAUCAAGUAG